AUGCGGCUCUGCCUCGUCUUCGCCAUCUUUGCCAGCGCCGUGGCUCAGGACAGCGGAAGCUGCGAGGAUUCCGCCUUGGUGCAGUUCAAGAGGAAGCAGAGCCUUCGACCCUCCACCGCCCUGCCGCAAUUCAAUCCCGUGGCUCUGGCGGCCACGGCGAAACGCGAAACGCCGCAGUUGCAGUGCACUGACGCAGAGCCCCAGUCCCCCCGGGACGUUACUCCGGGCUUCCGCGGUGGUCAGGAGGCCAGGGUGAAGCCCCUGGACGGGGACGCCACGCCGCGCUUCAUCCAGGCCAACAUCCACUUCCACCUGGGUGCAGAGCACAGGAGCGCCGUCCCCAAUGGUUACAGCAAGACGCCGGACGAGGUGGGCUUCACAGAGCCCUUGGUGCGCCCGGAGAAUGCCUCAGACAUCCGAGCCGGCUACUUCUGCGACCUGGAUAACAUCAGCAACACCGACCUGCAGAACUAUUCCUUCAGCUUCUGCAAAGGUGUCCAAGUGGGCUACACCUACGAGUUUCACUGGGUCUUCUCGACGGGCGCUCCACUCAUCGGCCUCCGGGACGAAGGCGGCGAGGGUAUCUUGGGCAUCUCGGACGGGCUGGGUGGUGCGCUGAACCGGACGGUGAACCCCAAAAUCAUCGUCCGAGGACAGGUCUGCCGCAUCAUCUACAACCAGAGCCUCACGGACGUCGACGCGGACUACAACGACUUCGUGCACCGCUGGCGGCAACCGGCCUUUGGCAACGCCGUCCGCUACAUCGGCUCCACCACGGGCACGGACUUCAACAACAGCGUCUGCUCGCCCCUGGAGGUCAACUGGCAUGUGGACAUGAAUUGCUGCACCCUCUCGGCCCAGACCUUUGACAGGCUCUGUGAAGAAAUGGCAGGAGAGGGCCUGGACAAGGACCUUGCGCCCAAGCCCUCGCGGGAACUCGUCAGCCGUGAGAUCUCCGCGGCCGUGGCCUUCCCGCUGUAUCCCUCCCCGCUGCCCCCAGCCCCAGUUCCGACCUCGACGUCUACUCCCCGCUAG